AUGUUCGAAAUUGCGUCCGCAGCAUGCAUGCGUCACUUGGCCCGGUGUGGUCGUCACCACGGAAGGCUUGUGUCCUGGCGCUGCCUUGGCUCCUCUUCUGGUGCCCAAAAUGGCGAAUAUAGGCCUAUCGUUGGGCCCGGCCCCUCUGCAGACCGGCCAUACACCGAUUUUGACAUGUCCGUUGGGCUGGAGCGACUGGAGUAUCUUGCAAAAACGCAUGGCAUCAACAUCUUUGACAACGAGUGGCUUCCUGGCAACCGGUUUGGCACACAUGGGGAUCCCAUUCUGGUGGAGGCCACUGGCGAUGAAAGGAUUAUCGGCUGUACAGGGGCGCCACGGACUAGCCACGAGACAAUAUGGUUCAACGUGGCAAAGGGCGAAAUCGGGCGCUGUGUCGACUGCGGCCAGGCUUUCAAGGUAGUUGACGCCAUUGCAAUCGACAUUGCGAAUUACCUGCCGAAAGCACAGCUUCCCUCUUCAGACGGAGAGCUAAGGGCAUUGUUGGAUUCGCUGGGCAUCGAGAGCAGCCAUGUGGGGAAAGCCGCGUCAGACCAAUAA